CACUGGAAAUGGAGUGUUCAUAGAAAUUGGUCCGUGUGGUAAGCAUUGUAUUCAAGAUGGAGACCGCCAGUAAAAUGAGCCUAGCAGCUCUACAACAACAAGAUCCGUAUAUCAACAAACUUCUCGAUGUUACCGGACAGGUAGCACUGUACACCUUUAAUUCCAAAGCAAAUGAAUGGGAAAAGACCGAAAUUGAAGGCACCUUAUUUGUUUAUGCCAGGUGUGCAUCCCCUCAUCAUGGCUUCACCAUAAUGAAUCGCCUGAGCACAGAGAAUCUGGUGGAGCCCAUCAACAAAGACCUUGAGUUUCAGCUCCAAGACCCCUUCCUGCUGUACAGGAAUGCUAACUUGGGCAUAUACAGCAUCUGGUUUUACGAUAAGAAGGACUGCCAGCGCAUCGCUCAGCUCAUGGUGAAGAUUGUGAAGCAGGAAGCCUUGCAGGGCCACCGGGGCUCCCCAGAGAGGGCUGAUGUCCCUGGGAGGACCAAUGGCUGCUCCAAUGACAUCCUGGAGCUCCUCAGCAAGGCCAAGGAUGAGUUCCACAGGACUCAGGCGGGGGAAACAGAGAUGUCCGUUACUGCUGAGCAGAGGGUGAACACCGAGAUGCUGAAAUCAGCCGGUGACACUACAGCGCACGCUCACAGCGCCUCACAGCCAGAACAGAGCUCCCACUCUGGCCAGAGGCAGAUCACUGUGGAGGAGCUGUUUGGCAGUUCUCUACCGAAGGAGGCCAGCCUGCUGCCAGCCAUGCCCACCCAGAGUUCCACAGACCCUGCUGCCACGGCCCCCAUCAGCUUCCUCCAGGCCCAGAGCUAUGCUCCGCCCAUCCCUUUCCAGCCCUUACUGACACCCCGCCUCACAGCAGACCCAGGGGGAAACAACCGGGACCUCACCCCUGGUCUGAUCUCCCUGAUGGAGGCCAGAGGGAGCCCUGGCCCAGGCUACGCCCUCUACCCUGUGUUCCCCGGUGGACCUUCAGGGGACCCCCAGCACUCUGUGUCCCCACUGUUGGUGACUCCAUCUGGGGUUGAGGCUUGCGGUCCUCCACCUGGCCCUCUGUCGGCCUACCUGGGGAAGGAACCGGCCUACCUGAAACCCAGCCCCUCUGAUCUCCACAAACCUGCCCUCACACCUAGCGUCUUGCCCAGCCCGCUGGCCACACCCCAGAGCUUCAGAGAGCCAAUCACCAAGCCCGCUGCCCUCAGCAGCAUGCCCACGGGCCAUGUGCAGGCUGUCCCUAUGAAGGCGGGUCUUGUGGUACCGGGGGCGGGCACUUCACUUACGGGGGCAAAGCACUCCAUUCUGCUUUCACCAAGCGCCUUUCAGCAUUCUGUUGCCAAGACAACGGAACUGCAGAGGAAAGCUGCCCCUCCCUCGCCUCCGCCCGCAGCCACUGGGGUGGUGGAGCUCCCCCAACCCUCCUACAACAGGAUCCAGUUACAAGACACACUCAUCCACCUCAUCAAGAAUGACCCAGUGUUUCUCAGUGCCAUCCACGAGGCCUACCUCCACAGUCUCUCCAAGGACCUGAGCCACGUCAAGCUAUAGCCUCAUUCCAAACCUGAGGCUGGGCCUGGACACGCCUGGACAGGGGCACCAGCCAACCUAACCUACAGGUACUGGACCACUGGGGGCUACUGCUGGCCAUGUGCAGAGGCACAAACACUCCUAACUUGAGGCACAAACUGGCUCUGUACCUCUGGAGCAGCUAUGUGACUGCAGGAGGAGGACGGGACUCGAAUGUAGGAGGCUCAUAUCAUUGUUCUCCUACCCUGUGUGGAGGAGAAGGUGAAUGGGGACAUGUUACAGUCACAGUAGUGUCAAAUCAAGUACGCACUCUAGUAAGACAUAUUGUUGAUGAGAAAUAAACCCCUGGGGAAGGAGGAUGAUAAUAAGGGUAAACCGUAAACCCUCAUAUGUCUUGGGAAAGAGCCUCCGGCUCUCUAUGGUGAGGUCAGUGCUUAGGGACUUGCUGUGCAAGCCAAAAUUCAUUCAACUCCAGGUCCACUUCCUUGUUCUUCCUCAGUACAGCUGGGAUUCUACACACAUGCUCUCUCUCGUACCCCCUCUCUCUCUUUCUCAAUCUCUCAUGAUCCUUCUUUCUGUCAUUCCCUCACCCCAUUCAUGACCACCAGCCUCUGUCGCUAUGCCUGUUAAGGGAUGUGUGCAAUAGAUUGCAAUGCCUUUUGGGAGAUUAUAGUUUUUUUUAUAUAACCAGGCUUAAGUGUGUUUUUUCCCAAGGGUUUAGACAGAGAAUUGUUGUAUUCAUUUAGGCCCUAUUACGUGGGGUGAGGCAGUAAAAGCUACUGCAAGACUGUACCUGAGCUAACUGCAAUCAUCAAAAGGAUAAUCUUGUUUAAUAAGGUUGAUGUCCGCGCCCCUGUGGAAAUCCAAUUGGCAUAAUGAAUUUUUUUUAAACAUAAAUAUCAGUCAGUUUAAGCUAGAGAUCCACUGCAUCGGCCUAUAUCACGCUUCCACAUCUGGUGAAUGGUGACAGAGCUAGAGCGGUGUUUGUCAGAUCAUGAACAUCCCGAAAAUCGGUCAUCUCACAAAAUGGUCUGCAGUGUCUGAACAGUGACCCCUCUAUGGAAGGAUGGAUACUCUCACCAACACCAUAGUGUUCUCCGUUUUGCCGUACACCUGCCACACGUCAGGAGACUUGUCUGAAGUCGGUACAGACGAUCUGCCAACUUCUGUCUGUUGCGUCCCAACCGUUUGGGCUACACACUAAUAUGACCCCGCUGUGGAAAGGUGAGACUGUCACGAACAUGUACAGUACCAAUCAAAAAUUAACACACCUACUCAUUCAAGGGUUUUUCUUUGUUUGGACUAUUUUCUACAUUGUAGAAUAAUAGUGAAGACAUCAAAACUAUGAAAUAACACCUAUGGAAUCAUGUAGUAACCAAAAGUGUUAAACAAAUCAAAAUAUAUUUUAUAUUUGAGGUUCUUCAAAGUAGCCACCCUUUGCCUUGAUGACAGCUUUGCACAUUCUUGGCAUUCUCUCAACCAGCUUCACCUGGUCAUAUUAGUGUGAAUGGAAGUAUAUAUGGAGACUGUUUAACCAAAUAUAUGGGGUUAAAUAAGAUAUUUCUUAUAUCUCUCAGAUAUAAACAAACUUCCUUUUGAUAUUUUUGGGCCUAUCUGUUCUGUGUCGUGAAUCUGUUAUUCAAUGUGUUUGUAUGGGCUAAUAGCAGUAAGACUCCCCAAAAUGUUUAUCAAAUUUUUUUUUUCUUUUUUUUAUACUUCAAGGGGUCUUAAAAUUCUAAAUAAAAUAGCUAAAUUAUUAUUGGUAUGACCUUCUUAAAACAAUUCCAUAUAACUUAGUAGAUUCCCCUCCCCGAGCUUAGCGACCUGUAUAUUAGACACAGUAUAUUCUCUCAUUUUCUCUGUUCUCCACUCUGCAACCAACAGCUGAAAGGGACUAGUAUGUCAUGACAGGUUGAGUCAAUGUGUAUAUCUUUGAUCUUGUAGGUCAGUCAGUUUGAUCUUGUAGGUCAGUCAGCCCCCCCCUUUUUGCCCUCAGAACAGCAUCAAUUAGUCGGGCAUGGAAAGCGUUCCACAGGGAUGCUAGCCCAUGUUGACUCCAGUACUUCCUACAGUUGUGUCAAGUUGGCUGAAUCCCCUUUGGGUGGUGGACCAUUCUGGAUACAGAUGGGAAAUUGUUGUGUGUGAAAAACACAGCAGCAUUGCAGUUCUUGACACAAACCGGUGUGACUGGCACCUACUACCAUACCCGGCUCAAAGGCACUUAAAUCUUUUGUCUUCCCAAUUCAGGUAAAGUGUAUGGAGUAAAAAGUACAUUAUUAUCUUUAGGAAUUUAGUAAAGUAAAAGUAGAAAUUGUCAAAAAUAUAUAUGGUAAGGUACAGAUACCAAAAUAAGUACUUUAAAGUAUUUUUACUUAAGUACUUUACACCACUGAUGGAAGAGCAGGUGUCAAUAUUUUGUGCACUCAGUGCAUGUUCACAUGAUUUGAUCACACACAGUAUGUAUUUCAGUUUGGCUGCACUCAAUCACACAUUUCAUUUAGAUUGACAGGCGUAAAGAAUGGUGGUGUUUAGCUAUAGACAACGGAGGAAAUUGAGAACCUCAUCUAAACAAAUAACUGAUCAACACAUUGUUGCCAAAGGAAUUUUAGUUUUUGACCUCGUCUCUUGAUUUCUUUCAGCCAGAAAGUAUAUGUAAGUUUCUUCGUAGUGUAAGAAGAGAACCUCUUACUUCAUGCACAUUGUUUUCACGUAACACCCCAGUCAGUAAAACCCAGUCAAUAAAAAGCAUUUCAUGAGUAGUUUGUGACUCAAUUUGGUUCCUCAAUAAUAUAUUUUUCUUCUUCUAUAACACCGUUUUAUUGGCUCAAUGAUGCAUGUUGUUUGAUAGGUGUGUUUUCAGACACGAUAUCAAAGUUUACUCCCCUGUGUACAUAUUAUUUAGUCACAGGCUCAAUACUGGAGGAGAGAAUAGAUGAGGCCCAGAGAUAAAAAUAAAUAAAAAAUGUCUAAGAUUAUUUUACACUGUGCUAAAGUAUGCCUCUUAUUUGUCAGUGUCAGUUUAAUGAGUUAACUUGUCUAAUGAACCAUGUCAUUUUUUACGGGUUUUUUCUGUCACUCUGUGCUUUUGUUUAUUAUAAAUAUUUUGUGAUAUUAAAGAUUAAGUGAAGUUU